UUCCAGAAGGGUCCUGCUCGCGUUUCUCGGCCACGCCGAGCCGGCCUAAGGGUUUCUGCCUUUUUUCCUCCUCUUAUACCCGCCACCAUGUCGGCUGUGAAGACCCUGAACCCCAAGGCCGAGGUGGCGCGAGCCCAGGCGGCUCUGGCGGUCAACAUCAGCGCGGCCCGAGGGCUGCAGGACGUGCUGAGGACCAACCUGGGCCCCAAGGGCACCAUGAAGAUGCUCGUUUCUGGCGCUGGAGACAUCAAGCUGACCAAAGAUGGUAACGUGCUGCUUCAUGAAAUGGGCCUGCAUCCCCGCAUAAUAACCGAAGGCUUUGAAGCGGCAAAGGAAAAGGCCCUUCAAUUUCUGGAACAGAUCAAAGUCAGCAAAGAGAUGGACCGAGAGACACUGAUCGAUGUGGCCAGGACCUCACUGCACACGAAAGUCCAUGCGGAGCUUGCUGAUGUCCUAACAGAGGCUGUAGUGGACUCUAUUCUGGCCAUUAAGAAGCAAGAUGAACCCAUUGACCUUUUUAUGGUUGAAAUCAUGGAAAUGAGGCAUAAAUCAGAGACCGAUACAAGUUGCUCGUCCCCCUGCUCUCUAGGCUGCGUGGUUCCUGGGGCUGGUGCCGUGGAAGUGGCCAUGGCAGAGGCUCUAAUGAAGCACAAGCCCAGCAUCAAGGGCAGGGCCCAGCUUGGAGUCCAAGCAUUUGCUGACGCGUUGCUCAUUAUACCCAAGGUUCUUGCUCAGAAUUCCGGUUUUGACCUUCAGGAAACGCUAGUAAAAGUUCGGACUGAGCAUUCAGAAUCUGGUCAGCUUGUGGGUGUGGACUUGAACACAGGUGAGCCGAUGGUGGCUGCUGAAGCAGGUGUAUGGGAUAACUAUUGCGUAAAGAAACAGCUACUACAUUCCUGCACUGUGAUAGCUACCAACAUUCUCCUUGUGGAUGAGAUCAUGAGAGCCGGCAUGUCGUCUCUGAAAGGCUGAGUUGAAACCAGCCUGCCUCAUAUCAUGGGGAUCAUGGAAGAUUCUACAGAGUGAUCCUAAGAACAGAGCAAUGGGAUUUUGGUCCAAGCUGAAAAUUAUUCUCAAAGGGAUUUUCUGUUCUGAUGUUGCAACGGGAGAUCACGGUCAACUUAAAUUCUGGAAGUUCGUAAAUUAUAAUUACAGUAUUUUUUAAAUGGCACUGAAGUAUGUACACAUAGACUAGUGGUUCUGCCCUCGGAAAGAAGGGAUGGUUUUCCUUUAGCUUACAGUACACUUAGACCAUGCAUAUGUUAACUCCCUUGUCAAUAAAUAUGUCUUCAAAAAUCA